AUGUGCGGCAUAGCCCUCGUCCUCUCCGGCGACCACCUAGUCGUCGUCCCCUCCACCGCCGCCGCCGCCGCAUCCGGAACACGGUUCCCCGACGAGGUACUGUCCCCGGCAUUCGCCGCAACCUCCCAAAGCAGAACUAAACCCCUCCCUGUUGCGGUUUCCCAAACCCUAAACCCUAAUCGAGCCAAGCAAUACACGCGCGUGCAGGGGAAGGGCGUGUCGGUGGGCGAGCUCGAGGAGGCCCUUCGGCGGCGAGGCCCGGAUAGCCUUGGACGCCACAGGCUCCACCUUUGCGUGGACGGCACGAUCCUUGGUGAUGGGGUAGGUUGUGACCGUGGAGACGGGGUUGGGGGCGGCGUGGGUGCUACAGAGUUGUGCUUCAUUGGCGCCACGCUGCAGCUCAGGGGAGCUGAGCCGGUUUCGCAGCCGCUUGUGGCUCAAUCAGGAAAUGUUCUAGUGUAUAAUGGUGAGAUAUAUGGAGGAAUUGACAUUGCCAAAGAUCAGAAUGACACUCAAUCACUUCUGUCUUCACUGGAAUCUUGCUGCUCAUGUGACACCCAUGCUGUUGAUAGCGAUGAAGCAUACCCUUGCUGUGAGAGUUCAGGGAAAUCAGUUCCACAGAUCCUCUCAACCAUCAAAGGACCAUGGGCUUUGAUAUACUGGCAGGCAGACUCAAAAACAUUGUGGUUUGGCCGGGAUGCAUUUGGGAGAAGGAGCCUCUUGGUACAUUGGCCCACUCCUGAUGAUUCACGUUUUAUAUUAUCAUCAGUAUCACCCCCUUCGUUCUCAGGGAAUAACUCUGCAACGGAAGUAACUGGAUUGGAGUCAGGGGCAGACCCUGAUAUUUCUGGCUAUACCAAAGUUAGCUACUGGGAAGAGCUUCCUUGUGGGAUAUAUAACAUUCACCUGAAAAGGCUUGAGAAUACUGCCACAUGUAUGGAGAAAGGACGUGUUGUUGAAGUUAGAAAACAUGACUGGACGGAUUCUUCUUUGCACACAUUAAUACGAUGGGAGAGAAAAUCAACAGUUCCUACUCCCUCUGUCCCGAGCAACAGUUCUGUUGACGAAGGUAACCAGCAAUUGUCCCCAAGUUUCAGAAACUUGAGAAAAGUUGAAGAUAGUACAAGUAUUGGGCUUGAGAAAGGAGACCUCCCAAACUGCAUAACACAGUCAGUACAUAGAGUAUUGAUUGCACUAAGGGAAUCUGUAAUGCUGCGAACUAACAUGAACAGAUUGUAUGAGGGUGAUCUAAAUAAACUCAAGGAUGAGGAGUUGGCUCCGAUAGCAAUCCUUUUCUCUGGUGGCUUGGACUCCAUGAUACUUGCCGCAUUACUAGACCAGUGCCUUGAUUCUAAAUGGACAAUCGAUUUGCUGAAUGUCAGUUUUGAUGGUCAGCUUGCUCCAGAUAGGGUUUCUUCACUGGCAGGACUAAAGGAGCUACAAAGAAUCUCCCCUCUGCGGAGAUGGCGGCUUGUUGAGAUUGACACUGAUUUGGCCAAUUUGAAAGGGGAAAGUGAACACGUGAUGUCACUAAUACACCCUUCAAAUACAUAUAUGGAUUUGAACAUUGGUAUAGCCCUAUGGUUAGCUGCUGGUGGGGAUGGUUGGGUGAAUGGGCAAGAUGGUCAUCGCCACAAGUACAAGUCAACAUCUAGAGUUCUUUUAGUCGGUUCUGGAGCUGAUGAGCAAUGUGCAGGUUAUGGUAGACACCGUACUAAAUAUAGAGUUGGAGGAUGGGUUUCACUGGAUGCGGAAAUGAGACUAGAUGUGCAAAGAAUCUGGAAAAGAAAUAUGGGAAGAGAUGAUAGGUGCAUUUCUGACCAUGGCAAGGAGGCUCGUUUUCCGUUCCUUGAUGAGAAUGUGAUAAAGACUUUGCUGGAAAUUCCACUAUGGGAGAUCGCCAAUCUUGAUGAACCUGCGGGGAAGGGUGAUAAGAAGAUUCUGAGAGAGGUUGCAAAGCUGCUGGGCCUACAGGAAGCGUCUUUUCUGCCAAAGCGAGCAAUCCAGUUUGGUUCGAGAAUAGCGAGGGAAUCGAACCGCAAGAACUUUGGCAGCAACCGGGCCGCGAACCAGGCGUCAGCAGGAAGCGUGGAGGCGCUAGAGGCCGCGGGGUUCGACUGCACGCACCGCUCCGCCGUGGACGCGCUCGUCGACGUGCUGCUCCGCUACAUCACGCACCUGGGCCGCGCCGCCGCCUUCCACGCCAACCUGGCGGGCCGCACGCACGCCAACGAGUGCGACGUCAUCCAGUCGCUCGAGGAGAUCGGGGCCGACUUCGACGGCUUCGCGGGGGCCGGCACCCACUCCGCGACCCGCUGCCUUGCGGGCUCGGCCGUCGUGCGGGACCUCGCGGCCUUCGUCGACGCCAGCGACGAGCUGCCCUUCGCGCGCCCGCUGCCCCGCUUCCCCGUGCCCUGCGCGCCGCUGCCCGCGCCCAGCUUCGCGGCCGCCGGGCGGGACGCCGGGGGGUUGCGGCACGUGCCCGACUGGCUCCCCGCGUUCCCCGACCCGCACACCUACGUCCGGACCGAGGUGUGGAGCGAGCAGGCCGCCCGCGACCGGGUCGACAUGGUGGAGCAGGUGCGGCAGCGGCGCAAGGCUGAGAAAUCCCUGCUCAGCUUGCAGCAGCGGCUCGCCCUCGCCGGCGCCGACGGGUUCCGCCCAGCAGUUUCCGACCAUACUCCUACAGCAAAGGGGAAAGAGAUACAGCUCGCUGGGACCAAGAGGAACCCGUUCCUCCAGCCCGCAUUGCCGCCCGGUGACAAUAAUGUUCCAGAGCUCGACAUGCCGCCGGAGCGAAAGAAGCUGUCUAUCCUCGAGGCGUUUGCGCCGGCGAUUCAGGGGGCGGAUGCCAUGGAGAUCGACUCUGGGACGGGCUGGGACCAGGGUCAGAACCGGAAGAGCAUCGUGCCCAAGGAGAGGGCACCGGUGCGCCUGAAGAUUGGGAUAGACAGGAAGCCGCUGGCGGCAGCUCUGAAUUCGCAGUCUGUGGAUUUGAGGGAGGAUCCCUCGUUUUUGAAGGAGGAAAUAAAGGAUGACCGGAAGCGGAGGGCUGGGAUGAUAUUAAGGGCGUCGAUGGAGAACCCGCAGGAACUUCCCCAGCUUUAGUGUGGCUGCUGGAAGGACUGCAUUGCUUGCCCACAAUGGUGGAGUUGCAUUAAGGGGAGCUGAAAUGUGGGAGUAGGGGAUCUAUAUGUGAUCAGUUCAGUUUAUGGUGGAUCUUCAGUUUGCGAAAUCUUGAGGCCAGGCAUCCAAUGAUGCAACCUUUACUGGAACAUCAACCUUGGUAGCCUGCACCCAGUCUCUCGUGUCAGCAUCAGCUUUGGGAUCCCCAGACACUGAUAGAUUUUGUAGUUCCUGCUUGUCCCUACACUCCCCUGGAAUGAAGCGAGCCUUUUUUCGCAAGGAGCUGAUUUUGGAGACAUCCAGAGCAUGAUGCUCCUCCUUUGUGUAGCUAGAAAGAUGGAGCGGGGAUGUUUGUACAAAAACUGACAUAAUUUUCCUGACCAAUGCCUCGUCUCAACAAGAUGGAUAUAUGUACUGAUUUGAUUGAUUUGUCUCUCGAUCCAAGCUAAUGGAGCAGCUUGAUUAGUACUGUUGCAAUUUGUAAUUGGAGCCUGUUGAUUAGUCCGCUGGAAGCUGUAACAGCACUGUACUAUAUCAUCAUUCUUUUGGCCUGUUUUCAGCUGUGUAACGAAUUUGAGCCGAGAAUCGCCAUUAUUCCAAAUACACUGCA